AUGCCUCCAGCACCUCCAUUGACUCCACCACCGCCUGGGCGCGAGAUGCAAACGACGUUUGUCGACCUCAUCCGCGCCGGUGACUACGCCGUCGCCUCCUCCACAUGCCGGCUCAAGACAUCUCAGGGAGGGAUCGACGCUGAUGUCGUCGUACUUUGCCGUGGAUCGCAAACCAUCAAAGAAUCAGCCGUAUUGAUCGUGGUGGGCUCGCCGCCCCGUAUCUUACAUGUUCUCCCCAUCAAUCCGUUGUUAGCAGUGGCGCUGGAACAGGCGCCGCCCUCGCCCUCCACAAGCUUCUUCGCCCAGAGCUCCAAAGCUCGGCUCGGAAUAUCGAUCACGGGCACCCCGGUAUCGCUGGCUGGCCCACCGGUGCCGCAGACGGUCGAGCUCCAGUUCCCGGCGGGGGACACGCUGCGCGUCCACGCGCUCGUAAAGCAGAUCCGGAAGGCUAUCAGCACGUCCUACUACUCGUCGUCGUCGUAUGGCUGGCUCGCGUAUUAUCCCGUCACUGCGCCGGGAUCACCGUCCGAGUAUCGCAAUAGCAUACCCGCAUCAGACGACCAGUCUGAGGGGACAGAGGGGGAAACCUUGGUUGGGAGCGAGACUCGCGCAAAGGCAGAACCAGCUUCAGAGGGCGAGACCGAGGGCGAGGAGGGGUCUGAACCCAAGGAAGGCGAGACGGAGCAGUAUCCCAACCCCUACGUGGAGGGCUUCUCUCGACCAGGUUUCCUCCGCAAGCGUCUCUUCAGCCGCCAGGACAAGUGGUCGACACGGAAACCUGUCAGCAUCCGCAUCGUCACGUACAACGUCAACGAUCGCGUUCCGCCUCCAGGGACGAAGGAGCUCGCCCCGAUUCUCGGGUACGGCGAAGAGGACAUCCUCGUCGUCGGCCUCCAAGAAGCCGACCUCCGGAGCCAGUCGCUUCUCGUCUCACAAGGAGACGAGCGAGCCAACGCAUGGGAGGUCGCCAUCUUCGAGGGUCUGCGUGAGAAGGAGGACGCGUAUGAGAGGGUCGCCGUGAUGCAGUAUGUCGGCGUCAUCCUACUCGUGUUCGCCAAGACCCCGAUCCGGCCACAUGUGCGCAUGGUGCAGACUGCCGCGCGGGGGAUCGGGCUCUGGGGCUUUGGAGGCAACAAGGCCGGCGUGGCAUUGCGCAUGAAGGUCUUCGACACAACUGUCUGCUUUGUCAACUCUCAUCUCGCUGCGUUCGCGUCUCAGAUCUCCCGCCGGCGGCUAGAUUACCAGGCCUUGCGGACGACAUUGACGUUUGACUUGAUGACGGGACUACACCCUCCAACAGAGGCUUACUACCCCGACAACGGGCAGCUGGCAGUAGACGACGCUGAUGUCUUGUUCUGGUUCGGCGAUUUGAACUACCGCAUCGAGCUCGAGCCCAAAGAAAUACACGCCCUCCUCGAAUCGCGCCAGUACGAGACGCUGCUUUCCGCAGACCAGUUGAAGACGGACAUGGAGGACGGGCACUCGUUUGUCGGCUUCUCCGAACCAACCAUUACCUUCAAACCGUCGUUCAAAUAUGUGCACGGCUCGGUGACGUUUGACCCGAAGCGCGCACCGGCCUAUUGCGACCGCGUGCUGUACAUUGCGCGCAACGACGAGGUAACGCCAAACCGGUACGCAUGUCACGACAUCCUGUGGUCCGACCACCUGCCCGUGACCGCGACAUUCUCGCUGGCGGCUCGGAUCGUCGACGAGACGAAGCGCACCGAGGAACUCCUCAGGUGCCAGAGCGAGCUCGACCGCCUCGAUGAGAUAUACCGCCCCAGCUUAACAGUCGACGUCAAGGAUGUCGAGUUUGGUGAUAUUCUCUACCGUCGCCCCGUCGUGCGGGAAAUCACGCUGCGCAACACGGGCCGCGUACCGGCCGGCUUCUCGUUCCGUGAGCCUGCGCCAGGCAAGCCCAUCUGCAUGCCGUGGUACUGGCCGUUCCCGGCGGCAGGCGUCGUCCCGGCCGGCGAGGAGGUCGUGCUCACGCUCACGGCGUGUGUUGACGAGACGUUAUCAGCGGACCUGACCUGCGGAGGGGAGAUGAAUGACGUCCUUGUCUUACAGGUCCAGGGCGGCAAGGACUCGCUCAUCACCGUCCAUGGCUCAUUCGUUCCCACCAUCGUCGGCCUCCCGCUCGAUGUUGUUCCUCAGCUCUCGGACGUGAUCCGCAACGUGCCACUAGCGGAGCGCAAGGUUCUCCUUGUGGACUCGGAUGAGUGGGCCGAGGCCGAGAAGACUCACGAGUUCCUUUCUGCGGCGUUGGAGUCGGAUGCCGUUGAGGAGGGCGAGUCCAUACCUGUCGGCGGUGGGGAGCAGACGCCGGAGACAGAGGUCGAAUCAUCCAAGGCCGACGAGUCUGAGUCGGAACCAAAGUCGUCCGCUGUGGAUACCGCGAGCGCAGUUGCGUCGGACGGCAAGGCGCUGGACGCCGAUGCCGCAACCGACGCAGAUGAGGCGGUCGCCCAAUUAGCCCUAGACACCACCAUCUCCGGGCCACGCACUCCCCCCCCACCUGUCUCGGCUUCCUCCCCCUCCCCCAACGCCAGCGGCGCCUCUAGCCUCUCUCCGACCAGGCCACGCCCCAAGCGCGGGUGCUCGGGCAUCACCAGGCCGCCACGCGAGGUAUGGCGCCUCCUCGAACGCCUGAUGGAGGACGCUAUGGGCGUCGAACGCCUCUGGACUACAGCCCCAGACUACUCCGCCGUCCUGGCAGUGAUUGACGCCCUAGACACAGGCGCCCCCCUCCCAGACGACAUGCACGCCAUCGCCAACGCCCUCCUACACAUCCUGUAUGCGCUCCCUGUACCCCUCGUGUCCGAGACCGAGAAGUGGGCGUGUCGCCUGAUCAUGAGCCGUGACGACGCAUACGCAGUCGUCGAGUCGAUCCAGGGCGUGCAUGCCAACGUGCUCAUUGGGCUCAUGAGUGUUGCACGACUGUGUGGCGGCGACGGCGUGGACAAGGACUCUGUCCUCGCACUCGCGACAGCGAUCUUCGGGGGGCCGGUGCGGUACCGCGAGGGUCUGGUAUUGGGUCUCCUCGAAGGAUGA